AGCACAAAGGUUGAAUAACCGCUCAAAGCACAAAGGUUGAACAACAGCUCACAGCAUAAAGCUUGAAUAUCAGCUCACAGCAUAAAGCUUGAAUAUCAGCUCAAAGCAUAAAGCUUGAAUAACAGCUCAAAGCAUAAAGCUUGAAUAACACAGCCCCAGGCACACAGCCCCGAAGAUACAACGCCCGUACAGCGCCAUGGCCCCGCCCAUAUACGUCAAAGGCGGCGCGUGGACCAACGUCGAGGACCAGAUUCUCAAGGCCGCCGUGUCCAAGUACGGGCUCACGCAGUGGUCGCGCGUGGCGUCGCUCCUCCCCCAAAAAACCGCCAAGCAGGCCAAGGCGCGGUGGAACGAGUACCUCAACCCCACCAUCGACCGCAGCACGUGGACCCGCGAGCUCGACGAGCGGCUCUUGAGCGUGGCCAAGCUCUUGCCCAACCAGUGGCGCAGCAUCGCGCUGGUCAUGGGCCGCCCGGCCACGCAGUGCGUGGAGCGGUACCAGGCGUUGCUCGAGGCCGCGGCCCGGAGCGGCGACAGCCCCGAGAACUCCGGACACUCCGACCCCGCCGAUCACCCCAGCGACACCGCAGACUUGGGGCUCGCGGCCCUGGGCGUCGAGAGCUUGCCCGCCUUGGGCAACGCCUUCGAGAGCCUCGCGUCGCGGCCGGACGCCGAGGACAUGGCCGACGACGAGCGCGAGAUGCUCUCGGAGGCCAAGGCGCGGCUCGCCAACACCCAGGGCAAGAAGGCCAAGCGCAAGGACCGCGAGCGCAUGCUCGACGAGAGCCGGCGCGUGGCGCUCUUGCAGAAGCGGCGCGAGCUCAAGGCCGCGGGCAUCGCCGUCGGCCCGGCGCACAACAGCCGUGCCCGCACGGCCGGCUUCGACUACAACGCGGACAUCCCGCACGAGCGGCGGCCGCGCCCGGGGCUCCACGACGUGACGGGCGAGGACGCGCUCAACGCGGCCGCCAGGGCUGGGUUCCAGCGGGCCGUCGCGCAGAAGGGGCUCCCCGCGGACGCGGCCAAAGACACGGCCGCGGCCAGACGCGGCGCCACGCGGGCCAAGGCCAGCACGCGCCGCGCGGCGGAAGCCGUGUCCGGGCUCGACGCGGCGCAGCAUGCCAAGCGCCGCAGGCUCGAGCUUCCGCCUCCGCUUCCGCUUGCGGGCCCGGCGCCGCCACGCGCGUGCGGUAAACAGGCGGCGCGUCUGUUGCGCGGGCUCCUCGCCACGAUGCCGCCGCCGCGGGAGGCGACCCGCGUCGUGUUCCCCCGGCUCGCGGGCCCCGGGGCCCUUCUGCCGGAAGCCACGGGCGCCCACGGCGAAGGGCCGGCGGCAGCGCAGCUUGCUUUGCUCCGACAGGUGGACGACGAGAAGGUGCGGGCGCGGCGGGCACUGGCCGUGCGCCGCGGGCUUCCGGUGCCCGGCGCCGACUGGGAGCCGCUGGCCGCUGGCGCCGCCGGGCCCUGCAUGGACGCCAUCGCCAGCGAGUGCCGGGCGCUUGUGCAGCACGACCGGGCGCCGGGCAUGGGGCCGGGCUACGUGGACGACGCGAUGGUGGCGCGCGUCGAGGCGCUUGUAGCCGGGGAUGUCGGGGAUGUCGGGGGUCGCGGGGCUGAGGGUGACGGUCAGGGCCUGCCGGCCGAAAACAAGGACCCCGCUCCACUGCACUCGCAGGCCGCGCGGCCCGGGCCCCUCCCCCGGCUGGAGCACGCCAUCACGAGGGUGUUUGAGCUUCUCCACGCCUUGGACGCCAGUGCCAACGAGGCGGACCAGAGACUGGCCAUUCUCGAGGACACGCGCGCAGCGGCCGAGACCCGCACGGCGCUCGAGAGGCAGAUUGCCGACAACGCCCGCGGCCUUGCCGAAGCGGACCUCCAGGAGCGCGUGCUGCGCAGAAUCCAGUGGGACGAGGAGGCCGCGAUGGACAGGCGCGCCGCGGCGCUUUCCGAGCGGGUCGAGGACGUCAAGCGUGCCGAGCGCCGCGUGGCCCGCCACGAGGUGAUGUGAGGCGUCGACGGCGUGUGUGCUUGUCGCUUGUUUAGGGUUCCCGGUUCCGCCGGAUGGGCCUUUGCCGACGUGUGCUGGGUGCUGGGAAACGCAGUGGCGGCGGCGGUCCAAAUGCCCAGGAGCUGCCAUUGGGCAGCCCAGGAAAGCGGACCGGACAGCUCAGAUUACUGGAUGGACAGCUCAGAUUACUGGAUGGACAGCUCAGAUUACUGGAUGGUAGUCCAGAUUACUGGAUGGACAGCUCAGAUUAUU